CGAGAGUUCUCGGCGUCGUUGGUACCUUCCGUCGACAAUGUGGUUGCCGCGCGUCCGCCGGAGUGCCGUGAUGGCUGACAACUUCCGCCGCGCAUUGUUCUCUACUACCAAGAAUUGCCGCGAAGAAGAGCGCUUCUUCUCGCUCUUGGUAGUCAACCGUCCAGGGACACUGGCGCAGAUUGCACAAGCGUUCUCGGCUCUCCACACGAACGUAGGGUCGUUGUCCGUCCAACAGACCGUCGUGCCAGAGUUAAGUCGCAUGACAAUCUCUGCCUCCGUGAGCGACCACACCACGGCGCGCAUCUUGCGUCGGCUGCGGCGCAUGGUGUGCGUGACAUUCUAUCACGUCACGACGAUGCAUCAGUGCUUGUUGGACGAGGCGUGUGUCGUGCAAUCGCAACUGUUGCUUCGACUAACCGUCCCGCCGUCCCAGAUGGAUGUCGUCAAGGGCCUGCUUGUCAAGUACAAUGGACGCUUGAUCGAAGAUGAUUCAAAUUUCUCCGACACUUCCAUCGUGGUCCCGCCUUCAUCAAGUGAAGUGGAUUGCGAGAACGAGCCUUCUUCCCGGUUUCCGUCCACGAUUGUGCACGUGGUAAACGCGCCCCACCUACUCAACACUCUCAUACAUCGCCUUGAUCUUGAAGGCGUCGCCAUUCGUGAAUGCCAGACCGCUGGACCAUGCUUCCUCGACAUCUAUACCCAAUCGACGCUACAACCCAAACCGCUGCAUACCACUUCCCCCACGACUGCUCGGCCAGAGUACUCAAACUCGCGCCGCAAACUUCACGACCGAAUCGCGGCACAACUCUACUUUCCAGAACACGUACCAUCGCUGUUGCGUCACCCCAAGUUCAUCUUGCUGCUUGGCAUCCCAGGUGCCGGGAAGUCAUCGAUUUUGAGCGAAUUGGACCAAACGGAGCGCAUUGUGCUCAACGAUUUCGUCAACUUUGACGUGGACGACGUGAUUGCGCUCCUGCCCGAGUUCUACAAAGCGAUGCUCAACAUUGGGCUCGGAAACCUCCAGGACGAAGAACCGACGGACCCGCACACGCGAUACAACCAGUGCCAGGAAGAGGCCAAAUACAUCAUGGACCAGAACCUCAAGCAGGCCACGGCAGAGCGGCGGAACGUCAUCUUGCAUGGCAGUGGGCGCAGCUUGGAGAAGUACCAGGACCUUAUUCGACGCCUUGACCCGCGGUACGAGGUCCACGUCAUGUGCGUGGACAUUCCACUGGAUCUUGCCAUGGAACGCGUCGAGAGUCGGAGUAAGGGCUACGGCCGCAAGGUACCCAAGGCGUUUGUUGAAGAUGCUGCGAGACGUAUUCGAGAAACGUUUCCGACAUUGGCGAACGCACUGCCGUAUGCACAUGUGUUCGACAACACCCAGUCGCCACCUGCGCUGGUGUGGAGCAAACAGCAGCAUCGUGUCGUUGUCCAAGAGCCAGAUCACCCUAUCCAGCGAAAGUAUGGUCUUUAAUCUACAAGUUGUGUACGUGUGGAUUUCCGAGA